GUCGCCACCAAGAGCACCACAAACAGGCAGCACAACACCAGCGUUAUCCAUCAUCCUCUCCUGUCUCCCAAAGCAGCCUCUGCCAGCUACCAGAGAUGAUGAGGCGCUGCAGCAACAUCUCCUCGCCGCUCGUGGCUGUUAUCCUGCUCCUCUUCCUGAUGGUCUGCUUCUUCCACUGCGCGGCAGCGGCACGGCUCCUGCCUGCUGCUGUUGCUCCUCUUGUUCACCAAGAGAAUGGUGCCAAGGCUGCUGCUGGAGAUAAUGGCGCCGCGGUCACUGGGGAUGAGCUCUCAUCACCCUCCGAGGUGAGAACACAAGAGAUGGUGGUGGGAGCAGAGGAGGCGGAGGAGCCGGCGACGGAGACGGAGUGCGAGGAGGGGGACGACGACUGCCUGCGGAGGCGGCUCCUCCGCGACGCGCACAUGGACUACAUCUACACGCAGCACAAGGGCAAGCCAUGAGCUAGGAGACGACGACCUGCACGUCUGUUAUACGUUGCCGGGCGGAGCACAUGCCGGACAGUCGACGUAACGGAGGCCGCUAGCUUGAUUCUGUCUCUUAACAACAGUGACCAACUUGGAAUUCCUGCAUGCAUGUGUGACGUCUGUCUGUACAUCUCCAUGACUACAUGGUAGAAUUUUCUUUAGCGUCGAGCAGAGUAUGCUGCAUGAAACGGUGAAAGGUGACUGCCUGUGCUAGUCUGGCUUCCUGCGGUGUGAAGUUGUGGACAAACUUUUGAAUUGUGUUUUUACUUGUUUGCGGUCUACUACAUCCGAGUGUAGUUUGUCUA